CACACACACUGUGUGUGUGAGUGAGAGAGAGAGAGAGAGAGACGGUGGUGAAAAUGUCCGGUCAGCGUGUGUGUGUGUCUGACUUUGAGGUUGAAGCCAGAAAAGUUCUUCCCAAAGCUGUGUAUGAUUAUUAUCGAUCUGGAGCCGAGGAGCAACACACACUGGCCGAGAACCAGGCAGCCUUCAACAGGUGGCAUCUGAUCCCUCGUGUGUUGAGAGAUGUGUCCACCGUGGACCUGUCUGUGUCCGUCCUGGGUCAGAGGGUCAGUAUGCCUGUCUGUGUCGCAGCCACAGCCAUGCAGAGGAUGGCUCACCCCGAGGGGGAGACGGCGACGGCCAGAGCAUGCAGAGCAGUGGGAACAGGGAUGAUGCUGAGCUCCUGGGCCACCUCCACUAUAGAGGAAGUGAUGUCAGCGAUGACAUCAUCAGCAGGCGAUGGAGGCGUGCUGUGGCUGCAGCUGUACAUCUAUAAGGACAGAGAGCUGACGCUGUCUCUGGUGAGACGCGCGGAGCAGGCGGGCUACGGGGGCGUCUUUGUCACCGUGGACACCCCCUACCUGGGCAGGAGGUGGGACGACAUGAGGAACCGCUUCAAACUGCCCUCCCACCUCAGCAUGUCCAACUUCACCUCGGCGUCCUUGGCCUUUUCCGAGGGCGACUACGGUAACGACAGCGGUCUGGCCGUCUACGUUGCCAAAGCCAUCGACCCCACCCUGUCCUGGGACGACAUCGGCUGGCUGAAGGAACACACACGUCUGCCUGUGAUUGUGAAAGGAAUUAUGAAUGGUGAGGACGCGGUGCAGGCCGUGAACCACGGUGUCAGCGGCAUCCUGGUGUCCAAUCACGGAGCUCGGCAGUUAGACGGCGUUCCCGCCACGCUGGAGGUGCUGGAGGAGGUGGUGCAGGCGGUGCAGGGACGCUGUGAUGUCUUCAUGGACGGAGGAGUGAGACGAGGGACAGAUGUCCUGAAGGCCUUAGCUCUGGGCGCCAAGGCUGUGUUCAUUGGUCGACCAGUGCUGUGGGGCCUGGCCUGUCAGGGAGAAAAGGGAGUGACUGAAGUUCUGGAACUUUUAAAAGAGGAGCUGCGACUCGCCAUGGCUCUGUCAGGCUGUCGCUCCGUGUCGGAGGUGAACAGAUCCCUGGUCAGACGAGCAGAGUUCACCUCCAGGAUUUAAAAGAACAAUCAGUUACAGGAACUCUGUGGUUCGUUCUGUCACUGCUGAGCCUUCGUGUCAUCAUCGUGUCAUUGCACCGCGUCAUAUCAAUGUAUUAACUCUGACCUUUGACCCUUUAUCUCUCUAAACUCUCUGGAAUAAAGUAUAAUUCCAACCAUA